AUGGCCAAAGGAGCGAAACGGGCACUGCAGCUGCCCAAGCAGCAACUGCUAAUUCUUGCAGUAUGCCGCUUCGCAGAGCCCGUCGCAAUGACUUCGGUCUACCCAUAUAUCCCCGAGAUGAUCCAGUCCUUCAACGUCCGCGAUGAUAAGGUUGCCAGAUGGGCCGGUCUCAUGUCUGCGACCUUCUCUCUCUCGCAAUGUUUGACUGGGAUUGCCUGGGGACGAGCUUCAGACCGCUUUGGCCGCAAGCCUAUUAUUAUCCUCGCCUUGACCUGUACCAUGAUCUCGAGCAUACUCUUUGGCUUCUCUAAGAAUCUUCUGUGGGCCUUCAUCACACGGUCUCUCCAAGGAUUGUCGAACGGAAAUGUUGGGAUCAUUCGGACAGCCGUGGCAGAAUUGGUCCCUCAAAAGGAACUACAACCGCGUGCAUUCAGUAUUAUGCCGCUCGUUUGGAACAUCGGCAGCAUAUUUGGGCCGUCUUUUGGCGGAUCGUUGGUACAUCCCGUGGAACGAUAUCCCAAAAUCUUCGGGAAGUUCAAGCUACUCAAGGAAUAUCCUUUUGCGCUGCCAAACCUCUUGAUCAGCAUUCUCUUCAUGUGUGGAAUCACUGCCGGUUUCCUUUUCUUGCACGAAACGCUCGAGGAAAAGAAAUCCCACAGGGACUACGGACUCUUACUUGGCAAAUUCUUGACCAAUUCUUGCACUCGAAGGUCCCCACGCAGGGCAUGGUCAAACGUCGAGGAAUCCGAUCCAUUUCUCUCUGGACUGUCAAGUGAACUGUCCACCCCGGUAUCGGGUUCAAGUCCUGCGGUCAAACUCCUUAAACAAAGUCCGGGCUGGGCAGAAGUCUUCUCGGGACAGUCAAACAUCAACCUCGUGGUGUACACAUUUUUGGCCAUGCAUUCGGUGGCAUACGACCAGCUGCUGCCAAUUUUUAUGCAUUAUCCCGUGCAAUCUAUUCAAGAUUCAGAUGUCCAUCUGCCUUGGAAGUUUGCUGGCGGAUUCGGGAUCGACUCAAACAGAAUUGGCCUGCUUUUUACAUUUUACGGUGUUUUUGGCAUGCUCAUCCAGUUCUUUGUCUUUCCCCCAUUCGCGAGGAGGUAUGGCGUACUAAAUUGUCUGAAGGCUUGUUGUCUAACAUUUCCCUUGGUCUACGUUGCAACACCCUUUACAGCGCUGCUGCCAACGGACUCGUCAAGGCAGGGCAUUAUGAUGUUGCUGAUGCUGAUCAAAGGGUUUUGCGGCAUCUUUGCGUUUCCUUGCUCUACGAUUCUCCUCACCAACAGCGCCGCUAGCCUGAAGAUACUAGGUACGCUGAAUGGUGUUGCAACCAGUAUUUCUGCCAUCGGAAGAGCAGCUGGACCGGCUUUGGCAGGUGCCACUUUCACCAAAGGAGUCGACAUUGGAUACGUCGUUAUCUCUUGGUGGACAUUGGCACUGGUCGCCAUCGUCGGCGCGAUUCCAGUGUGGUUUCUGGUGGAGAUGGAAGGCUUUGGAGGUGACCAGGACGAAGAUGAAAGCGAUGAGGAGGAAGAGGAGGAUGAAGAAGAAGGAGGAGGAGGAGGAGAUGGCGAUGACGCCAAAGCAUCUGCCAUUCCCGCCGCCGAAGCGCGUUCGAGGAAGUCUAGUGCUCCAUCCAUAGCCGAAGAGGCUGUGGAAGACGACGAAGAGAUGCCGGAGUCUCGCUUCUUAACACCGGCUACCGCGACGACAUCGCAGUCGCCUUCUCGACGUCAGAGCCUUCAGCUUCGACGUGUCUCGAGCCCAAUUGGACUUGGUCCAGGCAUCAUUCCGGCUGGAGCUCGAAGAUAUAGUAGCGACCUUGGAGCUACCAGGAGUGGAUUAGGUGUCGGCGGGACGAGUUAUUAUUGA